AUGGCCCAACAAAAUCGAAGCACCCAUGGCCUUUCCCCCUUGAACACAGCAGAAGUCACCGCUGCCAGAUCCGUCCCACGAGAACUAAAGUCAGCCCACCUUUCCCCUAUCACCGAGAGGAACAGCACCGACACCAACCAUGAGAUUGAGACUCCUCUGAAAAAUGAAAUACCCACUCUUCGCAUCGCAUCGAGUGCUGAGAGAUUUAUCAUGGGAGAUGAUGCGAGUUCUAUUCCUCUUCUCAGCCGUCGAAAAGAGAUGCGAUCGGACGGCGUUUUUUAUCCCCGCACGAUGCGAAAUGCCAGCCCUUUAAGUGAGGUUUCCACAAGCACGGUACGUGGUGAAGAAAGGUCCAACUCCCCGAAGAGACGCGUCCACCCCCAUUCAUAUCCAGUCAAACGUUCCUCGCCGACCAAAUCAAUUCACCCAACCCCGAGAUCCUCCACAGACACUUCCUCACUCGGAUAUUCGAACAGUGAAGUUACAAAUACUCGAUCAGUUUCAGAAGUACGCCGUGGCACGGUCGAUACUGCAAUUCCAGGCCCAGUGCACACACUUCCUCCACGAACUUCAUCGAUGAACGUCAUAUCGCGCUCAGCGCAUUUUCUACAUCACUCGAAGAGUUUCCAAAAUUCCCGUUCCCAUUCCAUUCCCAACUCUUCUUCAAUUACGAUGAUUGGCGCCAGUCAAAGCGUGAACUUUUUGGACAUUUGUCACAGCCAUCCCGAGCUAGAAGGGACUGUCAUACAGACGAACGUUGUCAAAGCGCCGGAGCCUCGUAUGACACGAGUCAUGGGAAACUUGCGCAACGCGUUCACGCGUGGUCGCUCCGACAAGAAAUCGGUAUCAUCUCCGUUAUUUGAGAUCGUGAACCAGCGGCCCCAAAUUUCGCGUCCAUUGGCCCCACCGUCACCACUUGCCACCAGUGAUCCCAAAAGCUCUGUGUCAUUAUCGCCAAAUGGCCCCAACGUCCGCCCCAGUCACAGCGCUAGUCAGCAACAGAUAAGACAAGAGAUAAGCCAGAUUAAGGCGACUGGGACGGAGACUGUGUGUCGAACAUUGAAUGCACUUGGGCGGCGGCUAGUCGAGGAUGACGAUAUUAACCGGCGGAGAGUGUGGUAUCGCGAAUUUGUUCAAUUGUCCAACCUGCUUGCAGAUUUCAAUAGCCGUGAUGCUCGUAUCGGAGAAGCUGCUUCUCACGUUUCCCAAAUGCGCGCAGAGGCCGCUCUUCAUCGGUAUGCAAUGCUGUUACAGGUUCACCAAGCUCUCCAAGACAAUGACGCCCUUGAAACCACUAUACAAUCGGUAGACCUUCCGACCGAUCGAAUAGUGGAGGAGUGGGACCACUGA